AUGCCUCUGCUCUUUGUACUGGGCUGUAUCUUCUUCCCGCUGAGCUUUGCUGUCCUCUGCUGGGGUCUGCAGAACCAUUCCAACCUGCGGAUGGAGAAACAAGAGGCUGUUUUGGUGGCAUCCAAGCUAGUGUCCUCUGUCCAAGCCGUAAUGGCCUCCACUGCUGGCUACAUCGUCUCCACCUCCUGCAAGCACAUCAUAGAUGACCAACACUGGCUGUCCUCCGCCUACACGCAGUUUGCAGUGCCCUACUUCAUCUAUGACAUCUAUGCCAUGUUCCUGUGUCACUGGCACAAGCACCAGGUCAAGGGGCACGGAGGGGACGAAGGCAGCACCAGAGCCCCGGGCAGCACCUGGGCGGUGGCACGUGGUUACCUGCACAAGGAGUUCCUCAUGGUGCUCCACCACGCCGUCAUGGUGCUCGUGUGUUUCCCGCUGUCGGUGGUGUGGCGUCAAGGGAAGGGAGACUUCUUUCUAGGCUGCUUGCUGAUGGCAGAGGUCAGCACCCCCUUCGUCUGCCUUGGCAAGAUUCUUAUCCAGUACAAACAGCAGCACACGCUGCUGCACAAGGUGAACGGGGCCCUGAUGCUGCUCAGCUUCCUCUGCUGCCGGGUGCUGCUCUUCCCCUACUUGUACUGGGCCUACGGGCGGCACGCGGGCCUGCCCUUGCUCGCCGUGCCCCUUGCCCUCCCGGUCCACGUCAACCUUGGCGCCGCGCUGCUCCUCGCCCCGCAGCUCUACUGGUUCUUCCUCAUCUGCCGCGGAGCCUGCCGCCUCUUCCGGCCCCGGGGCUCCCGGCCGCCCUCUCCCUGUCAGACCCAGGACUGA